CCCAAGUACCUCUGGAUCCGCCUCGCCCUCUUCGACAAGAAGCUCACGCUCAUCAUCGACCACCUGGCGCAGAACGCCUCGAAGUACUACGAAAAAGAUGCUCUGGUGUCGGAUCCCGACUACGGGUCCAUCCUCAGCUCGCUACUGGUGGGUCCAUGCGCGCUCGACUUCUCCAAAACGAAGACGCAAGACCACUUCUGGACGGACCCCCCGGCCGACGAGCUGGUGCAAAGACACCGCAUCUCACAGGGCCACGGGACGCCGCCGCAGCGCCGCCGCCCACCGGCGCUCAACUUCCGGCGCUCGCUAGGCGAGGAGCGCGUGCCGCCGGCCGCGCGCGACUACGUCGAGUCGCUGCACCAGAACAGCCGCGCCACGCUGCUCUACGGCAAGAACAACGUGCUCGUCCUCCCGAAAGACAUGACGGAGCCGAUGCCUGGUUACCUAUCACUGCACCAGACAGCGCGCUCCCUCACCAUCAAGUGGACUCCCAACCAACUCAUGAACGGCUACUCGGAACCCAACGACGUGCAGGAUAAGAGGCGCGGCAGCCUGCCCCUCUGCCCAGAACUGCCCGUUCUCGAGCGCCGGAACACCUUCCGCCGCCGCUCGACGCAGACGCAGAUCCGCAUAUAUUGGGACUACGCGCUGAACGUACGCGUCGAUGAGAUCGUGUACGUCCAUUGUCACCAGCAAGCGGACAGCGGGGGCACCAUCGUGCUGGUAGGCCAGGAUGGAGUCCAACGCCCACCCAUACAUUUCCCCAAGGGAGGCCACCUGCUGUCUUUCCUAUCCUGCCUGGAGACAGGUCUGCUCCCCCAUGGCCAGCUCGACCCGCCGCUCUGGUCGCAACGCGGCAAAGGGAACGUGUUCGCGCCGCACCGGCGCGUGGGCAAGCCGAUCGCCGACGUGUACAAAAGCGACUCCCCGGUGGAGGCCACCGACUACGUCUUCCGCAUCGUCAGCAAGACGCACCACGAAGACUACUGUGAG